CGACACUUUUUAAAGCAGUAGCCACAACCUCGGUGGCAUGAACACUGCUUACUCUGCUCUCUGCCGCUCACAGCAAAUUUCGACUCCCUAGGGACGGACUAGUGGCCACGGGGAGUAUCUGGGGCCUUAUAAAAGUUGUUUUUGUCCUUUGGGGUAGAAUUGUGAUCCCAUGGGUGGAACAGUGCCCUUGAGGGUGGAACUGUGACCUCACGGGUGGAACUGUGACCCAGUGGGUGGAGCUAUGGCCUCGUGGGUGGAGCUAUCUAUGGCCUCGUGGGUGGAGCUAUGGCCCAAUAACUCACCCUCCACACUCCCACCAAUUACCACUAAGGGUUUUACUGUUUUUGGAAGCCUCAAGUGAAAAAUUAGACACGUCCAGCGGGAGGAGCGCAUAUAUAUACGUGCGCUUGUGUGUGAGAGGAGCCGAGAUAUAUAAAAUCUGCGAGCCACCUUCCUCUUGAGGUCGCUGGUGGGCGAAGGUUCAGCUACUACCUCUCACCCACUGUAGCAACUACCUCUCUCACCCUCUCCCCUACACCGUACCACAACACGCAUCCUCCUCCACUGUUCAGUAUUAAAAAAUACUGUCUCCAGCUCCUGUUAUUAAUUUUCAUGGUUCCGGUACACAGUCUCUGCCAGUUAGUGUCGGGACACACUUGAAAACUAGUGAUUAAGGGAUAAACUGGUUAAGUGAACAGCUUGGGGACUUGAUGAGCAUGAAUUCCAUGUAUUUGCCGCUACUGUGGUGUCAGCAGCAGCACAAAUGCGACGCAUUUACACCUGGUCAAUACAUCCACAUCCCACCUGACUUAAGGACCAACAUCAACAUGGGUGGCGGCAGCUGCGGCGUGUGCGAUGCUGUGGCGUCCAUGACGUGCGGCGGCUGCGGCACUAUGCACUACUGCGGCAAGGAACACCAGAGGCAACACUGGCCGCAGCACCGCACUCAGUGCCCACCUUACAAGAUGAUCUCGUCUCCAGAGGCCGGCAGGUACCUGGUGGCGUCGCGUCGCCUGCCAGCGGGCCAGGUGUUGGUGGAGGAACAACCACUGGCUGUGGGUCCCCUGUCUAUCUCAGAGCUUGUCUGUCUCGGCUGUCAUGGUCCUAUCAUAGGCGACGACUUCCCCCGCUGUCCAGAGUGUUGGUGGCCACUAUGUUCCCUAGAAUGCGCCUCCAGCAGCCUUCACCAGGCAGAGUGUCCCAUCCUGGCCACUGAUGUCAAGCACAUAGGGCCACCAACUACUCAGAUGGAGACGCUUCGUUACGACGUCAUUCUUUCCAUUCGCUGCCUCCUCUUGAAGUCUAAGGACCCCACGGCGUGGCAGACACUUAUGUCGAUGGAGCAUCACUCUGAGCAGCGACAGCUCAACCAAGAGGACAAUCAGGUAGUUACUGUCCGCUACAUGUCAGAAGUGCUGAAGCUGGACUACGAUAUUGAAACUCUUCAUCAAAUAAGAGCCGCCAUAGCUACGAAUGGCAUGGAAAUAAGAAGCGAGAAGAACACGAGAGUGAGAGCAAUGUAUCCGAUGGUGCGGCUGUUCAACAACUCUUGUGUACCCAACGUGCACCUGUCUUGUGGCGUUGAGGGGACGAUGCAAGCAAGGACUACAGUGCCCAUCAAGAUCGGAGAGCCUCUUUGUAUCUGCUACACAGGGGCGCUAAUGCCUGCCUGGGAACGAUAUGACACUUUAACCAAGACUUAUCACUUUACGUGCAACUGUACCCGGUGUGAAGACCCUACAGAACUAGGAACCUAUUUUUCCUGCCCCAGAUGCCCAGAUUGUACGGGGUGCUAUAUGUUGUCCUCCACAUGGCUCGACGAGACUGUGUGGAGGUGUCCUACCUGCAAGCUGGAGAAGACUGACACUCAGGUUCGAGAGGACAUCAACGACUGGCUUCAAAGAAUAUUAAUGGACGACAUAUUUAACACCUUCAAGAGAGCCAAGGCUACGCUGCAGGAGGUAGAGGACCAGUUUCAUGCUCAGCACUACGUAUGGAUGCGGGCGGCGCAUUCAGCCUUGUACCAACUGUGCGACAACAACAUUGAACCAGCGCUCAAGCUCAGGAUUAAAAUCUGGAAGAAACUCAUGUAUUUGUAUAGCGUGCUUGAGCCAGGCCUCACGAAGAGAAGAGGUAUGACGCUGCUGGAGAUGGGCAUCAUAAUGCUUCGGGCAGCCAAACUGGAGUAUGACGAGGGUGACCCUUUCAUGCCAGAGUUCCUGAAGCAGCUGCAGGAGAUAUCAGAGUACCUGAAGGAGGCCACGCAGAUCCUGCAGCUGGAGCCGGUCGGGACCCGAGGCCCGGCGCUGGCACAAAGAGCUGAAGAGAAGAGAGCGGAGGCAGAGGAAUUUCUACAUCGUCUUGACUCCAGCUCUGUGAGGGCCGAGUGAUCUCCAGAGAAAAAAAAAUGUUUACACUGAUUAACCCAGGGUAAUUCCUCUCCUCCCCUCCAAAAAAAACAAAAACAAAACCUAGUACCCUGACAUUUUAUUUGGAGUCCUUCGGUCUUCGUUCUUGCAAUGUUAUCCAAUACAGCGGACUCCCUAUUUGGGCAGAAGGUGUAAGGAGACUUGCUAAUACAGCUUGCCCUGCCUUGCGAGACUGAUGGGCCCAAGGAGUAAUUAACCCAGAUUCUCCUUUUAUUCAACUAAUAGGAAAGUAGACUUUGCUGUAGCCAGUUGUGUAUAGAAUAGUGGCUCUUGGCAGAGGAUCUAGUUCACUUUACAAUAUAUUUAAGCAUUAACUGUUGUGCUAUAAAGUCGGUGUGAUAAAGGAGCUGUAGUAUUUAAUGAAGAAAACAAGUCACAGUACUCUGGCUAUCAACAUUCACAAUUCGCAAACUAGAAAACGUUCCAGUCUGUACUGGUCAGUUAUUAAGUAGCGACUUGAUAUGGUCGAGGAAGGAUGGGAGGUCCUCAGGUACCAUUUUCAUUUUGUUGGAUAAGCCACCUCUUGUUUCACGGGGAAGCGCCAAACCCGUCAUGAUGAUAAUGCCUGGGUAAUGGAAGGCUCCUCCUAAUCAGGACUUAUGUGAAAAACGGAUGUGUAGCAGCAUUAAGACACUCCAUAAAGGUUCAGGUGCCAUGAAUAUAUCCCUCCCUUACCAGGGAGAUACAAUAUGUAAGAUAAUAUAACAUGCUGGUUAUGCCAUUUUAUAGAAAAGACGUCUCGUUCACCAUACUAAGAAUUGAUAAAAGUCCCUGGUGUAAGAAACGUCUUAAAUUGCAACAAAUCGCAUACUGUAUUUUAUUAACAUACUUGUACUGUAUGUAAAUCACUAUUUUCACAAUAUAUAUAUAUAUAUAUAUAUAUAUAUAUAUAUAUAUAAUAUAUUAUAUAUAUAUACACACAAGUAAUUGGCAUACAGUAUAAGUUGGAAUCGCCUACUUGGCCAACUUUCUCCAGAGUUGUGUAGUUACGUGGGAUUAGCUGUUUUAAACACGAUGACUGUCCAGUCAUUAUUUGUAAGUGUCCUCGUCGUUGUGAUUUACAUCGUGUUGCACAGAUUACUGUCAUUUUGUGUAGCCCAGUCAGUGUUAGUUUUUAAUGGGGUACGAUCUGAUUAUAACUCCUUUGUUUUCUAAUACUGGCUCAGCUAAGCUACCUCUCUGCCCACCUCUCUCUCACUCCAUCUCUCUCUCUCUCUCUCUCUCUCUCUCUCUAAAAUUAAUGUGGUUAUAAUUAUAACCUUAAUUUUUAAAGGAGGUGGACCUGUAAGCCAAUGGAAGGCCUUGGUCAGAUGACCAAAAGCUUCAGUGGUGGGACAUCGUAUGACUAAAGACCUGAGUCAGGAAACGCCUCCUGUUUCCUGACGAAUUUUACCUAACCUAACCAAAGCUGUCACUGUCGGUAUAUUA